AUGGUAGUAACCACAACCUUACCAUCCUCAAAUACAAUUCUUCCAACAACCCACAAUUCAUCCGUUUCUUCAUCUUCUUCAAAUCCCAAAUCUGUCCAUUUUUCACCCAUUAAGCGCCGUGAACUUUUGACUUCACUGUUCAUCACUAUCUCCCCAUUCUUUGCAGCUCCUCAAGUUAAUAACCCCACAAAUGCAAACCCAGUUUCCUUGCCAGUUUCAAAAGCCCGUGGCCUGUUUCAAAUGCCCCCUGCUCGUCUCACUAACAGGUACUAUUUGGUGAGAGCAGGGGAGUCAGAAUAUGAGAGUUUGGGGAUAAUUAACACAAAUCCAGUGGCUAAGACAUCAGUGGAUAAUGGGUUAUCCGAGACGGGAAAGAAGCAGGCAGUGAUGGCUGCAUUGACAUUGAAGUCGAUGGGAGCAUGUGAAAGUAACUUCUGGAUUUGGCCUUCUAUAACUCAGAGGGCUUAUCAGGCUGCUGAGAUUAUUGCUGCUGUUUGUGGAAUCAGUAGAAGCCAUAUAGUCCCAGAAUACAGCUUCUUGGAUGCUCGGGGAUUGGGAGCAUAUGAAGGAAAGAAAUUGGAUUCCGUCUCUGAGGUCUAUGCAUCAGAUAGCCUCUCCGCGAAUAUAAAGCCACCUCCAAUUGAUGAUGGAACACCAAAUGAAAGUGUUUCAGAUGUGUUUGUUCGUGUGACACAACUUAUGUCGAUUCUCGAGACUCAGUACUCCGGGGACACAGUCAUUAUAGUUUCUCCAGAUUCUGAUAACUUGACAGUGCUACAAGCUGGCUUAGUCGGGCUGGAUCUUCGAAGGCACAGGGAUCUUGCUUUUGUGCCUGGUGAAGUCAGAUUCAUCGAUGCUAGUAGCAUUCCAACGUACAAGCAACCAGCAUCUGCUGUGUAUAAAUGUUUAAAUCCCCCAAACUGUAAUUGA